UACUAGCACGCAAGUAAUAAUUAACUAAGCAUAAAUAUCGAAUAUCGUUUUAACAGCUUGUUAAAUUAUUUAUUGUAGUGUGUGCUACCGAGAUGUACGAAUACGCGAGAGUUUUGUGUUUAGCUGUGGUGUUUUUUGCGCGAAACAGCUAUGGUACUACUAGCUCUAGGAUUGUUUAUUAUAUUGAACAAGAUCUUCCACCGAAUCCAAUAAAUAAUUCAGUUACAGGACCAUCGUCUGGAGGACAAACGCCAAACACUCUUAACAAUGUGGCAGGAGUGCAGUUUCCAUCACAAAUUCCUCAAAAUAUUAAUCAAGUACCAAAUGCAGUUGGACAACUGGGAGGUAACGUGAACAAUCUUGGACAACUUCCAGUUACUGGUCAAGUACCAGGGAUAGGACAACUGACAAGCAUAACCGGCGGUGCUGGUCAAUUACCAGCUACAGCAGGACAGUUGUCAAGUGCUACCAGCAGUGGACAGUUACCAGUGGUUGGAGAAUUGUCAAGUCUUUCUAGCAGUGGACAGUUACCAGUGGUUGGAGAAUUGUCAAGUCUUUCUAGCAGUGGACAGUUACCAGCGGUGGGACAAAAUGUUAUUGGAAAUAAUGGUGGAUUACCGGUAGAAGGACAAGGGCAAAAUAUUAAUAGCAAUAAUGGUGGAUUACCAGCGGGAGGACAAGGACAAAAUAAUAAUAAUGGCAAUAAUGGUGGAUUACCAGCGGGAGGACAAGGACAAAAUAAUACUAAUGGUGGAUUACAAGCUGGAGGACAAGGACAAAAUAAUAAUAAUGGCAAUAAUGGUGGAUUACCAGCGGGAGGACAAGGACAAAAUAAUAAUAAUGGUGGAUUACAAGCGGGAGGACAAGGACAAAAUAAUAAUAAUGGCAAUAAUAGUGGAUUACCAGCGGGAGGACAAGGGCAAAAUGUUAAUGGAAAUAAUGGAGGACCAACAACAGAUGGACCAUGGCCAAGAUAUGUUCCCAGUAAUGUUCCUGGAUGUUGCUGGCAAUACGGACCAUCGCCAAAUGCUUCCGGUAAUGUUGGUGUAUCACCAGCGGGAUGGAAAAAUAAUAAUGGCAAUAAUGGAGGAUUACCAGUUGGAUGGCAAAAUGUCAAUGGAAAUAUUGUAGGACCACCAGCGGGAGGACCAUGGCAAAAUGUUAUUGGAGGACCUCCAGUGGGAGGGCCAUGGUCAAAUAUUCCCGGGCAAAAUGUUAAUGGCAAUAAUGGUGGUUCACCAGCGGGAGGACAAUGGCAAAAUGUUAUUGGAGGACCUCCAGUGGGAGGCUCAUGGUCAAAUGUUCCCGGGCAAAAUGUUAAUGGCAAUAAUGGUGGUUCACCAGCGGGAGGACAAUGGCAAAAUGUUAUUGGAGGAUCUCCAGUGGGAGGGCCAUGGUUAAAUGUUCCCGGGCAAAAUGUUAAUGGCAAUAAUGGUGGUUCACCAGCGGGAGGACAAUGGCAAAAUGUUAUUGGAGGACCUCCAGUGGGAGGGCCAUGGUCAAAUGUUCCCGGGCAAAAUGUUAAUGGCAAUAAUGGUGAUUCACCAGCGGGAGGACAAUGGCAAAAUGUUAUUGGAGGACCUCCAGUGGGAGGGCCAUGGUCAAAUGCUCCCGGGCAAAAUGUUAAUGGUAAUAAUGGUGGUUCACCAGCGGGAGGACAAUGGCAAAAUGUUAUUGGAGGACCUCCAGUGGGAGGGCCAUGGUCAAAUGUUAAUGGCAAUAAUGGUGGAUUACAAGCGGGAGGACAAGGGCAAAAUGUAAAUGGCAAUAAUGGUGGAUUACAAGCGGGAGGACAAGGGCAAAAUGUAAAUGGCAAUAAUGGUGGAUUACAAGCGGGAGGACAAGGGCAAAAUGUAAAUGGCAAUAAUGGCGGAUUGCCAACGGGAGGACAAUUACCAAAUGUUCCUGGCAAUGUUGGUGGAUUACCAUCCAAAGGUAACGAAUUGUCCAUCGAGAGGCCUUGCCACGUAUCCAAAAUGGAUUGCAUUCAAAAGUAUUUUGCAUCUCAUGGUCAUUGCAAUGAACCGAAAGGUCUUGUACAAGAUCCUUUGGUCAGGCCCAUAUCUACAUUAUUUCUAACUGGAUCAAAUUUGACUUUGACUGCCUUUAACGCUGUUUACUCAGGUUUAAAUGGAAGAAUUGAGGACUUUUACGUUAACAAAGCAACUGAUAACCUUGUGAUCCUCAUUCAGUUCAACAAUGUGACGUUUUACUCAAAAGACACUCGAUACGAGUUUCACCGGCCCGCUAAAGAAGCCAUCGUCAACGUGGAUUACGUAUUCUUCAGUUUCAAAUCAUUCUCUACAACGACGGUAAUUCCGCAAAUCAACGACUUGCUGUUGGAAAAAAGUGAAACGUUCGCGUUUGUCGAUGAACCUGGCAGAUUGACUACCGGACCGAAAGCGUUUGUUAGUUCAGGUAAGUAAAUGUUAUCGCCGCGUUGCAACGACUUGCGGUACGGACGGCUUCAGUGCUCGUGGCGUUCGAGCCGUCCACAUCUCUUGUUGUGUAAUUCUUUAUUGGUUACUUGGGAUAGGCGGGGAGAGUGACUUGAGUGGAAAAGGGGAGUGUUAGAUAUCUGUCAAAGGCGCCUUUAACCCGACACACAUCGCUCACAAGUGCGUGACUCCACUCAAGGUCAUUCUCUGCCA